AUGGCCCCUGUUUCGUACACUGCUGCACCGAAUUUAGCUAGUCAGCAGAAGUUGAAGGUGGCCGUCGUCGGCGGCGGCGUCAUUGGCGUUUGCUCAGCCCUAGCCCUUCAGCAGGAGUUUCCCACAGCCGAGGUGACCAUUUUCUCUGAGAAAUGGAGCCCCCAAACAACGGGUGACGUGAGCGCCGGCUUCAUCUAUCCGUACGCCGUUGGCGAGCAGACGCCACCCUGUCUGCUGAAGCGGACACUCGCCGACACUGUACAGUUCUACGAGCGGUUGAUUCGCAAUCCAGAGAGCGGCAAGUUUGGUCUCUCCCUGCUGACCAUGUACGACCUGAGCAAGGAGGCGACCAUGGCGGUGCCCAGCCUGCCCGAACUGUACGACGUGCGGCCAAUGGAAGGCGCCGAGGUGGCGAAGAUGUUUCCCGGAUACCGGUCCGGAGUGGUGGCCACGACGUACAUCGCCGAGCCGACGCUGCUGUUGCCCUUUCUCAUGGGCAAAUUUGAGGGCGCCGGGGGUCGACUGGUGACGCGAAAAAUCACUGCUUUAGGUCAACUGACGGGCGACCAUGAUCUGGUGGUGAACUGCAGCGGACUGGGAGCGCGCUACCUCGCCGACGUCCAGGACCUGAGCGUUGAGGCGGUCAGAGGUCAGGUGGUGCGCGUCCGGGCGCCCUGGAUCCGUCACGCCGUCAUGGCCGGCCCCUCCUACAUUCUGCCCAACCGAGACUGCGUCAUUCUGGGCGGCACGAAGGAGCUGGCCAACUACAACCUUAGCCCCGAUCCGGCCACGGCGGAGCUCAUUCUGCGCGACUGCGCCCAGGUGGUGCCCUCGCUGCUGGCGGCGGAGAAGAUUGGCGACUUUGUGGGGCUGCGUCCCUAUCGGCCCUCGUUGAGAAUUGAGGCGGACGCCCGCAACCGGAAAGUGAUUCACAACUACGGACACGGCGGGUCGGGGGUGACGCUGUGCUGGGGCUCGGCGCUGGAGGUGGUCAAGCUGGCUAAGAAGGCUCUGGGUGGCAAAGGAAUGAAAUCUAAACUGUAA